AGAUCACUGAGGACUUUACACCACGGAGAAACAACGAUUGAGAAUGCCUUACACACCAGUCAAGCCUGAAUGGGUCGCGAUCUUGCCGGAUCACCCCGGGAAUGUCGACAAACGUCUCCAGCAUCGCCCCGAGCACAUGGAACGUUCCAAGCAGAUGCACGCAGAGGGAACUAAGAACUUUGGCGGUGCGUUUUUCGACAAGCACCCCGUCGGCGAUGAGAAGCCGUCAUUCAAAGGCAGCAUUACCGUCUACGAAGCCGACUCUGAGGAGGAAGUAAGGAAGAUGAUCGAGCAAGACCCGUAUGCGGUAAACGGUGUUUGGGAUUUGUCAAAGCUAACCCCGCGCUUGCGAGCAGGUCCAGAUCUACCCGUUCAGGAGCGCGAACCGCAAGUAAACACUGCCACCGCGACUCCUGAACUCCUGAAUCCACAAUCACCCUAUAAAGCCCACUCCUUCUCUCUCUCUUACCUCUUCUGCUUUACAAACAACUCGAACUCAAACUUACAAUUGCUUACUUGCACUUACAUUGCUUGCUUUCGAAUCCACCUCUACAAACACACUACGAUGAAGUUCUCUGUUAUUAUCGCUGCUUUCGCCGCUGCCUCCGUCACUUUUGGGAUUCCACUUGUCAAGAGAGCUCACAUCACCGAUGCCGUUAUCCUCCAGUACGCUUUGACGCUCGAGCACCUUGAGGACGCCUUCUACCAUCAAGCUCUCCAGAACUUUACCGAGUAUGAAUUUGCCCAAGACGGCUUUGAUUCUUCCUUCUACGCCCAGUUGCAGAGUAUCGCCGCCGACGAGCACGCUCACGUCGAGUUCCUUACUGCCGGCCUCGAGGCUGCCGGUGCUAACGCGACCAAGCCUUGCAACUACUCCUUCCCUUACACCACCCCUCGUGAGUUUGUCGCCCUCGCUCGCGUCGUUGAGGGUCUUGGAGUUUCCGCGUACCUUGGUGCCGCCUCUUCGAUUGCCAAUGCUCAGUAUCUGACGGCGGCCGGCUCGAUCUUGACUGUUGAGGCCAGACACAAUGCUUUCUUGAACACCGAGCUUUUCGAUAAUCCCGCCCCCACCCCCUUCGACACUCCUCUCGGUUUCUCGGAAGUGUACAGCGUCGCCGCCAACUUCAUUACCGGCUGUCCCCCGUCUAACCCAACUCUUCCGGUCACUGCCUUCCCGUCCAUCAACGUCACGUACGCCAACUCCACGACGAAACCUCUCGUUGCGGGCUCGAAGGUGAACAUUACCACCGAAGCUACCACCAAUUCUUCCACCUAUGCCGCCUUCCUGAGUGGUCUCGACACCGAACUCGUUGCACUCCCUUCCAACGGAAGCUUGACUGUUCCCAAGACCGUCGCCGGUCAGGUUUACCUCCUCCUCGUCAACACGAACAACGCUACCAAGAUCAAUGAUGAGACUGUCAUUGCUGGUCCAGCCAUUCUCAAGGUUGAGGCGGCGUAAAGUGUUGGAGUAAGGUCUUGUUUGUUACAUACAGGC